CAACUAUAUUAUUACAUGGAUAUCAAAAUCUAAUUAUUUGCUGAGAAUCUUUCGAAAGAUCAAGCAGAUGAAUCUUUCGAGUUUGGCGCGACUCUCGUCUCUCUCAACUGUAUUCGCAUCAAGAAUCCUCAAUCGCUCCAUUGCCUUCAAACCCAUUUCUUGUUCUUCGUCAGUUUCCGUUCCCCAUGCACCCACUUCAUUAAACCCUAACCUCCCCCUAUUUCUCCGACCACCCACCUUCACCGCAACCUUAUCCGACCUGCAAAAAUGGCAGAAUUGGGCAAAAACCCUAGCGUCAUCCAUCGGUUCAUCUUUCACAGAUUCAGAUAACGGCCCAGACUCCGAAAUUUUACACAGAGAACUCAAUUGGCUGAUCGAAGAUGCUCUACAAAACCCUAAACCAUUACUAACUCGCAACGACUCGGAACACGACAUUGUUUUGCAAUUAAGAGCUGAUUUGGGUGAUCUUUACACUUUAUGGAAGCAAAGGAUUGAAAAGAGAAGGCCGUUUCAGUAUAUUGUAGGAUGUGAGCAUUGGAGGGAUUUGGUUCUAAGUGUCGAAGAAGGUGUUCUGAUUCCAAGGCCUGAAACAGAGUUGAUAAUCGAUCUGGUGGAUGAUACGAUCAAGCAGAAUGCAGAGUUGAACGAAGGUUUGUGGGUGGAUUUAGGGACUGGUUCUGGCGCUAUAGCUAUUGGAAUCGGGAGGAUUUUAGGGGAUUCCGGGAGAGUUAUUGCAAUCGAUAUAAGUCCUAUUGCUGUUCAAGUUGCUUCAUUCAAUGUGAACAGGUAUAAUUUACAGGAUAAAAUCUCUGUGAAACAAGGUUCAUGGUUUGAUCCAUUGAUUGAGUUUGAAGGAAGAGUUGCAGGUUUUGUGAGCAAUCCACCAUACAUACCAAGCGGACACAUCAAUGGACUCCAAGCUGAAGUUGGUAGACAUGAACCAAUACUUGCAUUAGAUGGUGGUGAAGAUGGCAUGUCUGAUCUUCUUCAUCUCUGUAAUGGUGCUGCUUUGAUGCUAAAACCUGGUGGAUUUUUUGCUUUUGAGACAAACGGUGAAGAUCAAUGCUUGUUUCUUGUAGAUCAUAUGGAAACCAUUCACCAUGACAGCUUCCACAAUUUAAAGAUCAUACCAGAUUUUGCUGGAAUCCAGCGUUUUGUAACUGGGAUUAGAAUCUAG